GGGAGCAGAUACUUCCUUGAAAAAAUUCCAGUUUUACUUAAUUUCAAAUGCUGGAUUUGUUACAUUGAAACCAGAAAUGGACUGUUCAGAGCUUUUGAUUUUUGUCUUCUUUGGAUUUGGCCUCACCUUCUGCUCUCAAGCCCACUUUUAUGAGUAUCACUAUGUCAACCUGCCAAUGAACUGGAGUGAGGCUCAGCGUUACUGCAGAGAGAAACAUACUGAUAUGGUGACCAUUGAGAGCGCUGAGGACAUGAGCAGGUUAAAAAGGUUAAAUUCCCACACCGGGUGGUCAUGGAUUGGACUGAGCGAUGACCCAAAAUCCUGGAAGGGAGUUAUGGGUAAUGAUGUAAACUCCUGGAGAUGGUCAGCAACUGGUGAAACAGCAAAAACUGUUUACCAGAACUGGGGCCCCAAUGAGCCAAAUUAUGGUCAAGGACGUGAGACCUGUGGUUUUAUAGAUGGUAAUGGACUAUGGCUCGAUGGAGACUGUUCAGCUGAAUUCCAUUUUUUUUGCUUCAAUGAUACAAAUCCUCCAGGCCAGAAAAUAUAUACUUUAAUUAAAAUUCUUCGGACAUGGUCGGAUGCCCAGACUUACUGCAGAACAAACCACAAAGACCUGGCUAUGAUUGAGAAUGCUCAGGAAAAUGCAGAGGUGAUGUCAAAGUUUCCAUCUGGAGGUUGGUGGUGGAUUGGCUUGUACCGGGUACCGUGGAGAUGGUCAGACAACAGCAACAGCUCCUUCAAAAACUGGCGAAUCGGAGAGCCUGAUGUCAGUGUCAAGGACGAGCACUGUGCGGCUGAGAAUUCAGACCAUGUUUGGGCUGACAUACACUGUACUGCUGAAAUGUUCUUCUGGUGCUAUAAAGACCUGGGAGUGAAGAACACCAUGGUGAGGAUGAAGAUUCAGACUACUGCUAACCUUUCAGAUCCAGCUAUUCAUGCCCAGAUUCUCCAGCAGCUAGAUGAAAGGUUCAAGACUUUACGGAGUGACGUUAAACUGAGGUGGGUGACUGAACCCGAAAAACAAGAGGAAGAGACUGAUGAAGUGAAAUCAGAAAUGGGCCGUGAGGAGCUUUUGAUUUUUGUCUUCUUUGGAUUUGGACUCACUAUGACACCUCACUCUGAAACCCACUUUUAUGAGUACCACUAUGUCAACCUGCCAAUGAACUGGACCCAGGCUCAGCGUUACUGCAGAGAGAAAUACACUGAUCUGGUGACCAUUGAGAGCGCUGAGGACAUGAGCAGGUUGAAGAGACCAGGUGCUGGCACCAUUUGGUCAUGGAUUGGACUGACUGAUGACCCAAAAUCCUGGAAGGGAGUUAUGGGUAAUGAUGUAAACUCCUGGAGAUGGUCAGCAACUGGUGAAAUAUCAAAAACUGAUUACCACAACUGGUACCCCACUGAGCCAAAUAAUAUUGGUGGAGAUCAGAAAUGUGUGUUUGCAUACGGAGAUGGAAGAUGGCUGGAUGAAAUCUGUCACCGUAAAUUAUCCUUUGUUUGCUUCAACGAUACAAAUCCUCCAGGCAAGAGAACAUAUACUGCAAUUAACAAUUCACUGACAUGGUCGGGUGCCCAGACUUACUGCAGAACAUACCACACAGACCUGGCUAUGAUCGAGAAUGCUCAGGAAAACGCAGAAGUGAUGUCAGUGAAGUUAACAGAUAUUGCGUGGAUUGGCUUGUACAGAGAACCAUGGAGGUGGUCCGACAACAGCAGCAGCUCCUUCAGAAAC